GAGACGACCAGAGAGGAAGGAAAUCUGUGUGUGUGUGUGUGUGUGAGAGAGAGAGAGAGAGAGAAUUUUAGUUUAGGGAGUUUGUCCUUGCCCAACUUGUUUUCUUUUUUGCUCUCAGCUCAGACGUGUUGUGUAGCGACUCAUUUCCCAAAGUAUGCUCCCAUUCCAGGCUGCACCAGGUCAGUUUGGUCCAGAGGCCCGGGAGCCGGGCCUCAGAGUAUGGAGGGUGGAGAAGAUGAAGGCAGUGCCACUGGAUCCCUCCGAGGUGGGAGCCUUCUUCAACGGCGAUUCCUACCUGGUGCUGGAGAACCGUGGUGAACUGGGGGCCGACAUCCACAUGUGGAUAGGUGAGAAAUCAUCUCGAGAUGAACAGGUGGCGUGUGCCAUGCUGGCCACUCAGCUGGACACUUUCCUGGAUGGUGACCCUAUUCAGCACAGGCACGCCCAGGGCUACGAGUCCGGGGAGUUCAUGGCCCUGUUUCCCAGAGGAAUUAGCUACAAGGAGGGCGGUGUGGAGUCUGGUUUCAGGAGGACUCAGGGCUCAGGGACCGUGCACCGGUUGUACCAGAUCAAAGGGAAGCGCAACAUUCGUGCCAAGGAGGUGGAGAUGUCCUGGUGCAGCUUCAACAAAGGAGACUGCUUCAUCCUUGACCUCGGGGAGACAAUUGUGUCAUGGAUUGGAUCUCAAGCCAACAUCUUUGAGAAGCGUAAAGUGCGUGAGAUCGCCUCGCUUAUUCGUGACACUGACAGACACGGAAAAGCCCGAAUCGUGGACGCCAAUGAGGGGGAGGAGCCUGAGGAGAUGCUCAAGGUCUUAGGAAAGAUGCCAGCGCUGGCAGAGAGUACACCAGAAGAGGACAGCAAAGCAGACGCCUCCAACUCCGCCUCACUCUACAAGGUGUCCGAUGCCACAGGUUCCAUGACCAUGACCAAAGUGUCAGAGAAGAGUCCAUUUGGCCAAGAGCUGCUACUCCGUGACGACUGCUUCAUCCUGGACAAUGGUGCUAACGGGAAGAUCUUCAUUUGGAAAGGUAACGGAGCCAAUGCUGACGAGAAGAAAGUAGCCAUACAGAUGGCCGACAACUUCAUUGAACAAAUGCACUACCCCAGGAUGAAAACUCAGGUGGAGAUACUGCCUCAGGGGAAGGAGACCAUCAUCUUCAAGCAGUUCUUCAAGAACUGGAACUAAGAAUCUAGUCUCUGAGCUGCGAGAGGAUAGUGUAAACCUGGAAACAGAAAACAUCCCAAAUGGGAGAGAUUAGGAUUUACUUUGAUGUAAAUAUGUGUCUGUAGAUUUGUCUGGAGCAGGAACAGAUAUGUGAUGCCACUUUUAUAAACACAGAGCUAUUUCUUCUACUGAUAAAACACAGUCAAAUUUUUUUUUUUUUACAUUUGUUCCAGUAUUACACAUGGUGAUGACAUUUUAGAAUAAACCUGAUUAUUACAUGUGCAGGAAGACUUUUUGUCAACAGUUUAUAGUUAAAUGUCCUGACACCUUGGGUUCACACGUGUUAAAGUCUACAAUAAAGCAGGAUAAUAUAAUAAUCUCA